AUGGCUCUUGAUGAUAUUAAUGCUAGGGAAGACAUUUUACCCAAUUAUCAACUCAAUCUAAUUAUUGGAAAUACGAAAGCACUAACUAACUUGGGUGUUAAAGUUUUAUUCGACUUCAUACAUCUACCUCCAACAAAAAUUAUGCUGCUGGGUUGUGGAUUUGCUCGAGUGACAUCAGCUGUGGCUGGAGUUGCAAAAUAUUAUAACUUGAUUCAGACAACGUUUUCUUCAGAGAGUAUCUUGUUAUCGGACAAACAAAAGUAUCCAUACCUUUUCCGGACUUGUUUUUCUAAUAGUGCUUGGAGCUUACCGCAAGUCGUAUUAGUUAAACAUUUCAAUUGGACUAAAGUAGCUACUAUUGCGAGAAGAAGCGAAGUUUACGAUGCAAGCAUUGAAAGGCUACUAAAUGACUUACAUCACGAGAAGAUUAAAGUCAUUGCAGCUGAAGGGUUUAUCGCAGGAACUAAUGUUAACCGCCAAAUUGGAAAUCUCAAGGAAAAAGAAGCGAGAAUUAUCAUUGGACACUUUCAAGAAGAAGAUGCACUGGAAAUAUUUUGCCAGGCUUACAAGCAUGGAAUGUAUGGAGCUGAUUAUGUCUGGAUUGUACCUGGCUUUCUGUCUUCUACGUUCUGGGAUAAAGCCGUUAACGUAAAACACGUUAAUUGUACACCACAAGAAAUUGCCAUAGCCGCCAAUUAUUCUCUCUCAAUCGAUUUUGCUACGAUUAAUACUGCUGAUGAAACUACCAUAUCUGGCAUGACACCACAAUCAUUUGAUAUUAGAUAUCAUAACUGGCCAUCAAUUGUCAAUCAUACUUAUUGGCCUAAUAGUUACGCUGGUUUUACAUACGAUGCUGUUUGGGCAGAAGCUUUAGCUUUAAACAGUUCUCUUAGUCGAAUAACAAAACUUAAUCGAAGUUUGGACGAUUUUCGGUACAGCGAUAGUGAAAUGGCAGGAAUUUUUAAAGAGGAAAUGUAUCGAGUCAAUUUUUCUGGGAUAAGUAAUAUAAUCGAAUUCAACAAAUACGGUGAUGUACUCCCACAUACCACCUACUUAGUUCAACAUCAAGGUGAAGUUAAAAGAGCGGUGGCUACGAUAAUAGCUAAAGAAGGGCUAAUCGAUUUCUAUGCAGCCUCUCCAAAUGUUAUCAGAUGGGCAGGCAAAGGACCUCCAGCAAGCCAAAUCAAGCUUGUCUAUGUUGAGCGUAAAGUUCCUAUUAAUGUAUUUAUCAUUAUGGUUGUCUUAUCUUGCAUGGCUAUACUUUUAGCGAUUGCUUUCCUGAUUUAUAAUAACAAGUACAGAAACGAAAGGGUUAUUAAAAUGUCUAGUCCAAAUCUAAACAACUUAAUUAUAGUUGGAUGUGUAAGCUUGUACUUGUCAAUUAUUGCCAGAGGAGCAAUUAGCAUCAUUGUAUCUCCUGUCUUUUGCAUGUUGGCUCCGUGGUUGACAACACUAGGAUUUGCAACAGUAUCAGGAUCAAUGUUUGCUAAAACGUACCGGGCUUAUAAGAUCUUAACUACUAAGAAACGAAUUUCUCCAAUACACGAUUAUCACUUGUAUGAAAUUGUGGCCGCCUUAAUCCUUGCUGAAACCGUAAUACUCACUACCUGGACAUUUAUUGAUCCAAUGAAACCAAUAUAUAAAUUAUUACCAAGAGAGGUCUCGUCUAAUCAGCAAUCAUUGGUGGUCAUUCCGCAGUUAUUGGAAUGCAAUUGUCUACAUAACAUCAUUUGGCUCGCGACUAUUUUAACACUUAAUGUAUUUGUACUAAUUUUUGGUGCGUUCUUAGCAUAUGAAGCGAGAAAUAUAAAAUUAUCAGUUAUGAAUGAAUCCAAACAAAUCGCUUUAUGCAUUUAUAACGUGGCAUUAUUAUGUACUAUUGUCAUCCCAAUCUCAUUUUUUCUACCUAAUACAUUUGGAGAAACAUAUAUUGCUUCAAGCGGUUUGAUUUUAUACUGUACUACUACUACUCUUUGCAUCUUCUUUGUUCCGAAGGUCAAGCUUAACAAAAGCGACGCUCUAACUAUUACUAGCCAACUAGUAUCAGUAAGUCGAAAUAAAAGAUCGCCUCUACGUAUUCGUAAUAAGACUACAUUGAUAAGUAUGGGAUCCAGUAAGUCAGAUAUCGUUCAGAAAUAA